CCUGCUUGCCUCUCCCUGUCACUGAUCUUUCCUCCUGCAGUGUCGCCUCGUUUAGCAGCUUUUUCAGCCACUGUGUGUGUGUGUGUGUGUGUGUGUGCGGGUGGGUGGGUGUGUGCACCGCUGGUUUACCACCAGCCGAAGGGGAGGGGAUGGAGAUGGGAUGAGCAAUAAAAAAGCAGGGACGGUCUCAGUGGUUGGGAAAGGAGAGGAGAAGAAGAAGAAACACGGAUCUCUGCAUUGUAUGGAUUCCAUAUUGGAUCGAGGAGGGGCUUGGUGAGGGAGGGGCACCGGAGACUCCUGGUGAAACGCAGAGGAGGGAGGGUGUGAUGCGCUCCGGACCCGCUGAACCCGAGUGACGGCGCUUCGGAGCGGAGACUCGCCUCAGCCUCCUCCGCGGUGCCAUGCUCGGCAACAUCGCCCGACGCGCUGGGAGGACAGAGGUGCUCCAGGAGUCGGAGACAGGAGCGUGAUGGACAUCUCCACAUAUCCACCCGGACUCCUGCUGGCUUCUCCUCCGGAUCCCCUCCGGCACCUCCUCUUCAGCGAGGCUGCGCACUCUGCCAGACUCACCCAUGGUGAUGAUCACGGUUCGGGUGUCCUGUGCCAUGCUGCUAAUGAAUUUUCACCUGACCACUUAACAGCUGCUCUUCCUCUCGUUAUUGAUGACGUACACUGCAGGGCACUUGCUAUUCUGAUCUGAAUCAAGUUUUUUUUUUAUUGCUGCAUGGACCGAACAGCCCUCCAGAAUGGGUAAACAACUGCCAUCAAGAAAAGGAUCCAUCGGGCAUGAUAAUGAAGACGAGUGCCUGAGUGGCGGUUUGCAUCUGCAGUGAUUGGUUUUAAUUGGCUGUUUCCAGGAACAAAAGAGCUGCUUGGGCUGAACUGGCAGAAAGGUGACAGAGUUUUUGCUCAGGGUGACGAUCGGCAAAGAAAUCUGUGACUGGAAUCAAGAAACUUUGAAGCAGGAAUUUGAGGGAUGGAUGAAACCAGUCGUCCUUCUGCAGUUGAGUCUUCCGAGGAGUUUUUUGUCUCCGCUGAGCCGUGGGAAUCCUUCAUACCUCAACAAACUGGCAAACUUGUUCACGGUCUUCUAUCCGGUUUCAUUCAUUGACUGGAGAUCCACCAAAGCCUGACCCCAUGAGUGGAGGAGGCGCCCUGCAGCAACGCACCACCUACCUCAUCUCCCUCACCUUGGUGAAGGUAGAGGCUGUGGAGGAGAAUGGCGGGGAGGCCCAGAAAAGCACGCAGGAGAAGGAGGCAGAGGCCGACCAGGAAAGAAGUCCAGGGGAAGAGAUUGGAGCUCCAACCGUGGCUGAGAAUGGAGCUGGAGAGAGAAAACCUCGUAGUCCCGAGAGCGAUACCGUAGAUGCUGCAGGUAAAGCCCCCGAAAAGCCACCACGCAACCUCUCAAUCCCCCUACCUGCUGAGAGAGGUACGAUCCAGCAGACCAGGUCUGUAGACGCCGUUGAGUCAAUGCAAUGCUGGUCUCCGUCACUGAUCACAACACCGCCAACGGAGCUGGUCGAACCGAGCCGAACUCCCACCAGGACCAGCUUCCCUAUCCGGCCAGCGGGACAGCGGCCCGUGAGUCUGCUCAAGUCUCACAGCAGCGUGGCCACCCGAGGGCGCGACUCCAGGGAGGGUCGGGAACGCAGCCCUACCUCGGCCCAGAGCCUCGACCGGAAGGACUGCCGCGUGACGACGCGGUCACCGGGUCCCUGCCGGGCAUCAUGGGCCGAAGCAAGCCGACCGGAAGCCUGGAGGGACCUACGGGACGAGUCUCAAACUGGGAUGUCUCUGGACAUCGGAGGUGGUGUGGGCGCGGUGAUGAGGGACAUCCCCAGGAAGGACCGGCUGAAGACGGGCUCGGCCUCCCUACCUGCUCCGGCCAACCAGGUCCCCAAACCGGCGCGUAAGGGCAAAAGCCGCACGCUGGACAACAGCGACCUGAACAGCCUUUCCGAGGACCUGGGGCUGGCCAGGGACGCCCAGCAGGCGCAGCAGAGUCAACGGGGCUCUGCUAAAGACAGGAAGAUGCUCAAAUUCAUCAGUGGCAUUUUCACCAAGAGCAGCUCAGGGGCGGCAGGGCCAACAUCCGCAGCUCCUCCAGUCUACAUACAGAGAGACUCCAGCGAGGAGGAAGUAAAUAUCGCCAACAGUCAGGAGUGGAUGCUGAGCCGAUCCAUCCCGGAGCUGAGAGUGGGCAUUCUAGGCAGCCUGAAAAGUGGAAAGUCUGCGCUGGUGAACAAAUACAUCACAGGCAGUUAUGCUGCGAUUGAGAAGCCUGAUGGCGGAAGGUAUAAAAAGGAAGUUCUGGUGGACAGUCAGAGUCACCUAUUGCUGAUUCGGGAGGAAGCUGGAGCUCCUGACGCACAGUUCUGCAGCUGGGCCGAUGCAGUGAUCAUGGUCUUCAGUCUGGAGAAUGAAGCCAGUUUCCAGGAGCUUUACCAGCUCUACAGCCAGCUCAGUGCUCACCGCUCCGACAUACCGGUCAUCGUGGUGGGAACCCAAGAUAAAAUAAGCAGCACCAACCCCCGAGUGAUCGAGGACCAGCGCGCCCGGCAGCUGUGCAUCGACGUGAAACACUCGCUGUUUUAUGAGACCUGCGCCACCUACGGGUUCAACGUGGACCGGGUCUUCUCCGAAGCCGCCCAGAAGAUCGUAGCGCAGAAGAAACAGGCGGCGCUGCUGGCGUGUAAAUCUCUUCCCAACUCGCCGAGUCACUCUGGAGGAUCCACACCUGGAUCUGCUUCUCUGCCCGGACAGGCCAGUAAUGGCCCCAGCAGCGGCUACGCCUGCUCCCUCCCCUCCACCCCCGUGGUGGGUCACAGAGACCUGAGGGCGGCUCAGGUGGAGGGGGGCGGCAGCUCGCGUCUGAAGUCCAUCCCCAGGCGACCUUCCCUGUUUAAGAACCGGGACCCGGACAAGAAAGCAGGCGAUUCGAAGGGGGAUCAGAGCGGUGUGCGAGGCGUCCCGCUCAAACAGGGCAUCCUGUUCAAGAGGAGUGGCAACUCUCUGAACAAGGAGUGGAAGAAGAAAUACGUCACCCUUUCCAACAAUGGCACGCUGUCUUAUCACUCCAGCUCCAGUGAUUACACGCAGAACACCCAUGGCAAGGAGAUCGACCUGCUACGUGUGACGGUUAAAGUUCCUGGGAAACGCCCGCCGAGAGCCGUCGCGCCUGCCGGACCCUCAGCUGCUCCCCCGGCGUCUUUACCUGGAGUCAACGGGAUCAGCAAGGAGCCGGCCGCAGCUGACGGCACCAGCACAGUUCCUCAGUUGUGUCCGCCCACUCUGUCUGUCGCCGACGAGCGGCCCGGCGCUUUGUCGCCACAAGGAGGCGAGAGAGGACUGCAGCGCUGCCCUUCAUCGCUGUCCGCUAAAGCACAAAGUGUUGACGGCCUUGAAGGGUCGGCCGGAAAAGAUCCGGGCCAAGCGUCUCCCAUGAGUGACAGGAAGAAGAACAGGAGGAAGAAAAGCAUGAAUCAGAAAGGGGAUGCAGCUGUUGGCCAAGCUGAUGCCAAACGCAAAAUGUGGAAAUUAAAGAGCUUUGGUAGCUUGAGAAACAUUAAUAAGACAGAGGAAGAGAAUGCCGACUUUAUUAUAGUUUCCUCUACCGGCCAAAUGUGGCACUUUGAGGCGCAGAGCCUGGAGGAGAGGGAUUCCUGGGUGUCAGCAAUAGAGAGCCAGAUCCUGGCGAGCCUGCAGUCCUGUGAGAGCGGCAGAAAUAAGGCCCGGAGGAGCAGUCAGAGCGAGGCCGUGGCGCUGCAGGCCAUCCGAAACACCAAAGGAAACAACCUGUGUGUGGACUGCGAAGCAUCGAAUCCCACCUGGGCCAGUCUGAACCUGGGCGCCCUCAUCUGCAUCGAGUGUUCUGGGAUCCACCGGAACCUGGGGACCCACCUGUCUCGCGUUCGCUCGUUGGACCUGGACGACUGGCCGGGGGAACUCACGCAGGUUCUGGCUGCCAUCGGAAACCACAUGGCGAACAGCGUGUGGGAGAGCUGCCCCCAGGGCCGGACCAAACCCACGCCGAACGCAACACGAGAGGAACGAGAGUCCUGGAUCCGGGCAAAGUAUGAGCAACGCGCCUUCGUUGCUCCUCUGCGGCCGGCCUGUGAGGACAGCGUGCCGGCGUCGCUCCUGUCCGCGGUGACCGACCGGGAUCUGCCCCGGCUGCUGCUGCUUCUGGCCCACUGCACCAAGGAGCAAAUCAACGCACAGCUGGCCGCCGCGCCGUCGCGUACGGCUCUGCACGCCGCCUGCCAGCUGGGAGACGUGGUCAUGACCCAGCUGCUCGUCUGGUAUGGAAUCGACGUGAAAGCGAAGGACAGCCAAGGUCAGACGCCCAUGAUGAUCGCCAGAAAAACCGGGAGCAAAGGCUGCAUGGAUAUUUUGCUCCAACACGGAUGCUCCAACGAAGCGUCCCCCGCCGCCGCCACGCCGGUCCUCUCCCGUCGCUCCAGCACUGCCAGCCUGGGCCGGACCAGCUCCAGGAAGUGGGUGUCGUAGCCCGGACGUACCGGACGGACGCCCAGAAGUUCAUGACGGGAUGAAACAAUGUAAUGAGUAAAAAGACAGAAGAAAAAACAGUUACUGAAGACUGAACAACAUAUCAAACAACGUGAAAGCAAUAUUCAUCUGGGGAGUCAAUCACUGACGUAUUGCUGAAAUGCCGUCCUGUAGAGCCGUAGCCGUCUUCUGUCAUUCUUAGCACAGCCAGCCAGUCUGUCCGCUUCAGUCCCACUUCCUCCUGAUGAAGUGCAAUAAUCCAGCUGUGAUGAUGAAGAGCAACGGCUUUAAGUGUGAACUGCAUCAGCCGACAGCGUGCUCAUCAUCCGAGGAUUUUUCUUGUGACUGGACCAAAUUUUUGUUUUUCUUUGGCUUUAAAAAUGAAACCUGAAAACAAAUCGGCGGAGAAAAUACAGCUAGAAAACAAAAUCUUUGUUCCAAGCAGAGAGCAAAAUAUAUACAACACCUGCAAAGUUCAGCGAAAACGCACCCAAAGGGACUCAGCUUUGUAAAAAAAAAAAAAAAAAAAGUUUGUUGAAAAUAUGUUGGGUUUGUUUUUCAUUGUCUUUUAUAAUUUCUUAUUGCCGUACAUUCCACGAAGCGCAGUGAGCAGAUGUGAACAUGCAGUAUGUAACCAUGUGUUGAAACAUUUUAUUCUGGAUCGCAGAGACGACUACAUGAAGAUGCUACUCACAUUUAUAUUACUGUUGUGUAUUGAUCUCAUGGUUUUAAAAAGUCAAGUAUGAAGAAGUUUGGGACACUUUGUGAAUCAUGUGAAUUCCUCAUGACUUAAAUGAAAAUAAAAACAUUUUUUAUUAGCAAUAACGGGAUUGUUUUGUUUGUCUUUCCUUUCACAGUUUGUAGUUUUGCCUUUCUGAAAUGAAUUUCCUUGUAUGUUGGUCGUUUUUGUUUUUUAUGGAGGCGGUUAGUGGUUUUAUGGAGUUUAUUGACAAAGAUGUUAUUCUUGACGCAUUACUCUGGAAAUCAAGUAUGGAGCACGAUUGUUGAGGCUCACUUUCUUUUCUAAAAAAUAAAUGACAUAUUCCUGAAAAUA